CUGUGCGCGUGGACGGGGGCGCGGCCCCGGCGCCGCCUAUACCCGGGCUGCGCUCCCUCGGUGCACCAGACCCCGCUGCACCCGCGCGGAGAGCGGCGGCCCUGGACGGCGGUGCCACCGGCUCAGCCCCUCAGAGGACGCUCGGGCCCGAGGUUAUGCGCGGCCGGAUGGCUCCCGGCCGGGGACCGCGGCCAGUGCUGCCGCUGCUCGUGCUGCUGCUCGCGUCGCCAGCCCAGGCCGGCCUGUUCCCGCCCUACUUAAACCUGGCCACGGUGGCACGGAUCUGGGCCACCGCCACCUGCGGAGAGACGGACCCGCAGAACCCUCAGCCCGAGCUCUAUUGCAAGUUGGCCGGGGGCCCCUCGGCCCCCGGCAGCGGUUUCGGGAUCCAGGGCCAGUCCUGUGACUAUUGUAAUGCCAGCAACCCUCAGAAGGCACACCCAGCCUCCAACGCCAUCGAUGGCUCUGAAAGUUGGUGGCAAAGCCCUACCCUGUCCUUGGGCAUGGAGUACAACCAGGUCAACCUCACCUUGGAUCUGGGUCAGGUCUUCCAAGUGGCCUAUAUUUUAAUUAAAUUUGCAAAUUCUCCUCGCCCAGCUCUUUGGGUCUUGGAAAGAUCUGUAGACUUUGGAAGCACCUAUACCCCGUGGCAAUAUUUUGCUUCAUCUGCAGGACUCUGCAUGCAACAGUUUGGGAAGGAGGCAAAUCAAGCUAUCACAAGGGAUGAUGACGUCCUCUGUGUUACAGAUUAUUCCCGUGUGCUGCCUUUGGAAAAUGGAGAGAUUGUGGUGUCCUUGAUCAACAAUCGUCCAAGUGUGAGAAAGCAUCAAGAUAUGAAAACCGUUUCUUUCUCAGACACCCUGAGGGAGUUUACCCGGGCAACGAACAUCCGCCUGCGCUUUCUGCAAACCAACAGCUUUUUUGGCCAUUUCUCCUCCAGUGAUCCAACCAUCACUCGGCGGUAUUACUACAGCAUAAAGGAUAUCAACAUCGGUGGGCGGUGUUUUUGUAAUGGCCAUGCUGAAGUAUGCAGCACAAACAAUCCUAAGAAACGGCUGCAGUGCGAAUGCCAGCACAACACCUGCGGGGAGACAUGCAAUACCUGCUGUGCAGGGUUCCAUCAGAAGCGCUGGCAGCCAGGGACGCAGCAGCAGAACAAUGAGUGUGAAGCCUGCAAUUGCCAUGGCCACAGCACAGACUGUUACUAUGAUUCGAAUGUUGAAUACCAGCGCAGAAGCUUGAAUAAGCAAAACAUCCGUGAGGGUGGAGGGGUCUGCAUCAACUGUGAGCACAACACAGCAGGGGUGAACUGUGAAUUGUGUGCUGAAGGCUAUUACCGCCCUCACGGGGUUCCAGUUGAGGCCCCCCAUGGCUGCAGACCUUGCCAGUGUGACCCUGAGCACGCGGAUGGCUGUGAACAGGGCUCAGGCCGCUGCCACUGCAAGCCCAAUUUCCGCGGAGACCACUGUGAGGAGUGUGCGGUUGGGUACGAUAACUUCCCAUUUUGUUCUAGAACUCCCACUACUCCUGUUCCUACGACGAGUUCAGAAGAUUCAGAUGCUGGAAAUUUUACAAAAGGCAACUGGUGUGACUGUGACUUGCAAGGUGUUCUCCCCAGAAUAUGUGAUGACCAGGGAAGGUGCCUGUGCCGCUUGAAAGUAGAGGGCCUCCGAUGUGACACCUGCAGUGCGGGCUUCUACUCUUUCCCUAUUUGUCUACCCUGCCAGUGCUCAGCCCUGGGGUCCUCCCGGAAGACAUGUAACCUGGUGACCGGGCAGUGUAAAUGCCUGCCAUGGACAACAGGACGGCGGUGUGACAGGUGCCUCUCAGGAGCCUCCGACUUCCCCCAUUGCCAAGAUUUCAGCAGCACUUGUAACCCAGCCGGAACCAUCAAUGAAACCCCGGGGCAUUGCCAGUGCAAGCGUCAUGUCAAAGGUCCUACCUGCAGUGUCUGCAAACCGCUGUACUGGAAUCUGGCCCGGGAAAACCCCAAUGGGUGCUCAGAAUGCGGGUGUCACGAGGCAGGGACACUGAGUGGAAUUCGAGAGUGUGGGCAGGCUAAUGGUAACUGUUACUGCAAGGCCCACGUGACGGGUGAUACCUGUGACAUCUGCCCAAAUGAAUUUUUUGGCUUGGAGAAGCAAAAUUACUUUGGGUGUAAAGGGUGUCAGUGUCAUCUCGGUGGGUCGUUCACCUCCAAGUGCUUUGAGCCCUUUGGGCUGUGCCUGUGCCUGAGGCAUGUGUCAGGGGACAAGUGCCAGAGUCCUGAAGCAAACCACUAUUUCCCGGAUUUGCAUCAUAUGAAGUAUGAGAUUGAAGAUGGCACCGUACCUGAUGGCAAGAUCUUUCGGUUUGGAUUUGAUCCCUUGGAAUUUCCUAAAUUCAGCUGGCGCGGAUAUGCCCAGAUGAGCGAUAUCCAGAAAGAAAUAACGAUAAAGUUGGACGUGGGGAAGUCAAGUCUCUCCUUGUUUCGCAUUAUUCUGAGGUACAUUAACCCUGGAACUGAUGCAGUAUCUGGACAUAUAACUGUGUAUCCAUCUGAGAAGAAAGCAGAUGUUGUUCAAAGCAAAGAGAUCAUAUUCCUGCCAAGUAAGCAGCCAGCCUUCGUCACCAUCCCCGGAAACGGCUCUGUACAUCCGUUCUCAAUCACACCUGGGACAUGGUUUGCUACUAUCAAGGCACAAGGAGUCCUCCUGGAUUUCCUGGUGCUGCUCCCCAAGGACUACUAUGAAGCAUCCGCCCUAAAGGUUCGGGUCACACAGCCGUGCGUCACCGUAGGACAUCCCCAUGAAAAUUGCUUGCUUUACCAGAAUUUGCCAGUGACCAGAUUCACCUGUACUCCGGCUUCUGAGGCCAAGACCUUCCUGCUGGGUGGGAUCCAGAGACCACCGGCCCUGAAGAAGCUCAGCCCAGAACACCCUUUCAUGGUGCAUCUCAACGGGGACCAGAUAGAGCUGCAUCUGUGGCUGCGCAUCACGAAGCCCGGCCGCUACGUGGUCACGCUGGAGUACGCCACCGAGACAGACCGACUGCUUGUGCUCGAAGUGCUUUUUAGGGCCUUGGCAAGCAUAGGCCGCGUGAACAUAUACAGCUGCCAGUACAGCUUUCUCUGCCGGAGCAUCGUGACCGACAGCCGAGGCCGCAUAGCUGUGUAUGAGCUGUCAGCAGACACGGAGAUGAGGCUCAUGGUGCAGGGAGGCCAGUUCCUUCUGUAUCAGGUCUGUGUCAUUCCCGUCCAAGAUUUCUCAACUGAUUAUCUGAAACCUCAAGUCCACUGUAUUGCCAGCUAUCGGCUGUUUGGAAAUCCGAGUGUCACCUGUACUUGCAUGGCCCAAGAGACACCUCCAACAGCCUUAGUUUUGAAUGUCCCCACUCGGCAGCUUUCAUCUUCUGCAGACAGUGUCUCUGGAUUCACCUUGCAGGCGCCGCAGUGCCAGCUGACCCUCAGAGGCAUCCUGCCAAAGCCCGGCCAGUACGUCUUCAUCGUCCACUUUUCUCAAGCAUCACACCCGUCAUAUCCUGCACAGGUGUCUGUGGACGGAAAAGAACAGUGGACAGGUUCCUUCCAAGCCUCCUUCUGCCCCAAUUUGCUCGGCUGCCUGGACAAAGUAGUCGCCCAAGGCCAGACUGAGUUUGACAGCUCAAAUCGUGAGGUGACGGUGACCGUGAAGAUCCCGCAGGACAAGUCCUUAGAGCUGGUCCGAGUCCUAGUGGUGCCUGCCAAGAAUUACAGUGACCAAAUGCUGGACAAAACUGUAAUGGACAAGUCCUCUGAGUUCAUCACCAAAUGUGGAGGCAACAGCUUUUAUAUUGACCCCGAUCGAGUCUCUUGGUUUUGUAAGGGUUCCGCCAGGUCGCUGGUGGCCUUUUACCAUGACGGUGCCCUGCCUUGUGGGUGUCACCCUGCUGGAUCCACCGGACAGAACUGCAGCCCUGAUGGUGGGCAGUGCCCAUGCCAGCCCAAUGUCAUCGGGCGGCAGUGUACCCUCUGUGCUGUGGGCUACUACGGAUUCCCACACUGCAGGCCGUGCAACUGCAGGGGGUACCCUUGUGAAGAGACAACGGGGCGGUGCCAGUGUCCCCCACACACGAUGCAGCCCCAGUGUGAGGCCUGUGAGCCGCACUUCUACAACUUCCACCCUGUGGCCGGCUGCGAAAGCUGCAACUGCUCCCUGAUGGGCACCCACCCUUCCAUGAAGUGUGACCCGAUCACUGGGCAGUGCAGCUGCAAGUUUGCCAGCAUCACAGGGCGACAGUGUGACCACUGUGCUGAUGGAUACUACAUGUUUCCUGAGUGCCAGCCCUGUGACUGUAACCAUGCUGGGACUGAGCCAAAAGUGUGUGAUAAGGAAACUGGGGCUUGCUUCUGUAAGGAAAAUGUGAAAGGUAAAAAAUGUAACGAGUGUCAAGAAAAUUCGUUCAAUUUAGAAUCAGACAAUCCCCAGGGCUGUGUUGAUUGCUUCUGUUUUGGAGCGACUAAUCUUUGUAAGAUGACACAGGACUGUCACACUGAGUUUACAGAUAUGAAUGGCUGGUACCUGGAGACAGCUGAUGGUUUCCCCAUCCACACCAAGUACCUCUGGUUCAGCUCCAGUGUGGCUACAGAUAUCCAGACGAUGUCGGACAUCCACAGUGCAUACUGGGUUGCACCUGCAAGCUACCUGGGGGACAGGGUUACCUCAUAUGGCGGCUACCUCUCUUACCAAAUCAAGUCCCACGGCUCACCUGAAGACAUGGUUCUUCUGGAAAGGGGGCCAACUGUGAAGCUCAGCGGUUAUACCAUGACCAUCGUGUGUGAGGACCACUUUGUGCCACACCCCGACCAGCUGUACCGUGGGCAGAUACAGCUGUUGGCGAGAAACUUCAGACACGCUGAGACCGGUGCUCCAGUGGUCAAGGAGAACAUGAUGGUCCUGCUGUCUCAACUGCGGAAGCUGAGCAUCCGGGCCCUCUACUUCACGAAGACACAGCGGCUCAGCCUGAGCAUGGUGGAGCUGGAUGUGCUCCAAGAUGGAUACGGAGAGCCGGCGUCUCAUGUGGAGAAGUGUGACUGUCCUCCAGGGUACGCGGGUGACUCUUGUCAGACUUGCGCCCCUGGAUACUAUCGGGAUUUCAGAGGCUUGUAUACCGGAACCUGCAUGCCCUGCAAUUGCCAUGGACAUUCAGAUCGAUGCCUGGAUUUGCUUGGAACAUGUAUUAACUGUCAGCACAACACGGCCGGCAAGCACUGCGAGCGCUGCAAGGAGGGUCACUAUGGAAACGCUGCCCACGGAUCCUGCAGCGUCUGCCCCUGUCCUCACACCAACAGCUUUGCCACUGGCUGUGUGGUGAACGGCGGACGCGUGAGGUGUAUCUGCAAACCCGGGUACACGGGGACACAAUGCGAGAGGUGUGCAGCAGGGUAUUUUGGGAAUCCCCAGAAGUUUGGAGGUAGCUGCCAACCAUGCAACUGUAAUGGCAAUGGCCAGUUGGGUACUUGUGACCCCUUAACUGGAGACUGCAUGAACCAAGAACCCAAAGACAGCAUUCCUGCAGAAGAAUGUGACGACUGUGACAGCUGCGUGGUGACACUCCUAAAUGACCUGGUCACCAUGAGUGAGGAGCUCCGCCUGGUCAAGUCUCAACUGCAGGGCUUGAGUGCCAGCUCAGGCGCCCUGGAACAGAUCUGGCACCUGGAAACCCAGGCCAAGGACCUGAGAAAUCAAUUGCUCCACUAUCGUUCUACUAUUUCAAAUCACGGAUCAAAAAUGAAUGGUCUGGAAAAAGAAUUGAAUAGUUUGAAUCAAGAGUUUGAAACUUUGCAAGAAAAGGUUCAAAUAAAUUCGAGAAAAGCACAGACAUUGUAUAACAAUGUUGACCGUACAAUCCAGAGCACAAAAGAGCUGGACAUGAAGAUUAAAACUGUCAUCCAGAAUGUGCACACUCUCUUGAAGCAGAUCUCUGGGACAGGUGGCGGAGGAAACAACCUGCCCUCAGGUGACUUCUCCAGGGAGCUGGCCGAAGCUGAGCGCAAGCUGAGGGAGCUGCGAAACCGAUCCUUUGGGAAGUACCUGAGAGAGGCAGAAGCUGAGAAAACAGAAGCACAGCUCUUGCUGAACCGGAUAAAAAGCUGGCAGCAAACCCACCAGGUGGAGAACAACGGACUUGUUAAGAAUGUACGCGAUUCUUUGAAUGAUUAUGAAGCCAGACUCCACAACCUGCGUGCCAUGAUCCAGAAGGCAGCCGCCCAGGCAAAGCAGGCUGCUGGCCUCAACCAUGAAAACGAGAGAGUGUUGGGAACCAUCAAGAGACAGGUGAAAGAAAUGAGUUCCCUGCAGAGUGAAUUCGCCAAGUACCUGAGCAUGGCAGACUCCGCUCUGAUACAGACCAACUCCAUGCUGGAGCUGAUGGACAAAGACUGGAAGGAAUAUGAAAAAUUAGCAGCCACUUUAAAUGAAGCAAGACAGAAACUAAAUGACAAAGUGAGAGAACUUUCCAGAUCUUCAAGCCACACGUCCCUGGUGGUGGACGCUGAAAAAUAUGCACAGUCUUUACAAGAAGUGGCAAAGCAGCUGGAAGAAAUAAAGAGAAAUGCUAGUGCGGAUGAGCUGGUACGCCGUGCCAUGGAUGCUGCCACUGCCUACGAGAACAUCCUCGGUGCUAUCCAAGCAGCAGAGGAUGCAGCCAACAAAGCCACCAGCGCAUCCCAGUCCGCCCUUCAGACCGUGAUAAAAGAAGAUCUUCCAAGAAAAGCUAAGUCCCUGAGUUCUGACAGCAAUAAACUGUUAAACGAAGCCAAGAGAACACAGAAAAAAUUACAGCAAGAAAUUAGUCCAGCUCUCAACAACCUACAGCAAACCUUGAAUAUUAUGAUGGUUCAGAGAGAACUAAUAGACAGCAACCUCACUUCUGUCCGUGUUGACCUUCGUGGGAUACAGAGAGGUGACAUUGACGGUACAAUCAAUGGUGCAAAGAGCUUGGUCAGAAAGGCCAAUGACAUCACGAGUGAGGUUCUGGAUGGACUCAGCCCCAUUCAGACAGACUUGGAAAGGAUUAAAGAGAACUAUGGGAGCGCACAGAGUGAAGACUUCAACAGGGCUCUGACCAGUGCCAACAAGUCAGUAAAGAAAUUAUCCAAGAAACUGCCUGAUGUUUUGAGCAAGAUCGAAAGUAUCAACCAACAACUGCUGCCCCUGGGGAACAUCUCUGACAAUGUGGACCGAAUUCGGGAACUAAUUCAGCAGGCCAGAGAUGCUGCAAAUAAGGUUGCAGUGCCCAUGAGGUUCAACGGGAAAUCUGGUGUCGAAGUCCGGCUGCCAAAUGACCUGGAAGAUUUGAAGGGCUACACGUCUCUGUCUUUGUUUCUCCAAAGACCUGACUUAAGAGAAAACGGGGGUACUGAGGAUAUGUUCGUGAUGUACCUCGGAAACAAGGAUGCCUCUGGUGACUAUAUCGGCAUGGCAGUUGUGGACGGCCAGCUCACCUGUGUCUACAACCUGGGCGAGCGAGUGGCCGAACUACAGGUGGACCAGAUUGUGACCGAGAGUGAGACGCGAGAGGCAGUUAUGGAUCGGGUGAAGUUUCAGAGAAUUUAUCAGUAUGCAAGGCUUAAUUACACCAAAGAAGCCACCUCCGCUAAACCCAAAGCACCCCAAUUUCAUUACAUGGAUAGUAAAACUAGCAACACGCUUCUUAACUUGGAUCCUGAAAAUGCUGUGUUUUAUGUUGGAGGUUACCCACCUGAUUUUCAACUUCCCAGUAGACUAAGAUUCCCUCCAUACAAAGGUUGUAUUGAAUUAGAUGACCUAAAUGAAAAUGUUGUGAGCUUAUACAACUUCAAAAAAACUUUCAAUCUCAACACAACUGAAGUGGAACCUUGUAGGCGGAGAAAGGAGGAAUCAGACAAAAAUUAUUUUGAAGGUACAGGUUACGCUCGAGUUCCCACUCAACCAAAUGCUCCCUUCCCAACCUUCGGACAGACAAUCCAGACCACCAUGGACAGAGGCUUGCUGUUCUUUGCAGAAAACCAGGAUCGCUUCAUAUCCUUAAAUAUAGAAGACGGCAGUGUCAUGGUCCGAUACAAACUGGACUCAGGACCACCGAAAGAGAAAGGAAUUAGAGGCACCAUCAACAACGGGAAAGAUCAUUUGAUUCUAAUCAAAAUUGGAAAAACACAGAAACUUAUGAGAAUAAAUGUGGGUGAUCAAAGUAUUAGAGUUGAAGGGGAAAUAUUCGACUUCAGCACAUACUAUCUGGGUGGAAUUCCAAUUGCCAUCAGGGAAAGGUUCAAUAUUUCUACACCUGCUUUCCGAGGCUGCAUGAAAAAUCUGAAGAAGACCAGUGGUGUCGUGAGGCUGAAUGAUACCGUGGGAGUGACCAAAAAGUGCUCCGAGGACUGGCAGCUUGUGCGAUCUGCCUCAUUCUCCAGAGGGGGACAUUUGAGCUUCACUAAUCUGGGCCUGUCAUCCUCCGACCCCUUCCAGGCCUCCUUCGGCUUUCAGACCUAUCAGCCCAAUGGUGUGUUACUAAAUCAUCAGACGCGGACAAGUGGCCUGCAGGUCACUCUGGAAGAUGGUCACAUUGAAUUGAGCACCAGGGAAGGCAGCAGCCCAAUUUUUAAGUCUCCUCAGACAUACAUGGAUGGUUCACUGCAUCACGUAUCUGUAAUAAGUGACAACUCAGGCCUCCUGCUUCUCGUGGAUGACCAGCCCCUCAGGAGGAUCCAAAGGCUGCCGGCCACUGUAAAUUCUCCACAGUCUCUCCGCCUGGGAGGGAGCUAUUUCGAGGGUUGUAUCAGCAAUGUUUUCAUCCAGAGGUUGUCGGAGAGCCCUGAAGUCUUAGAUUUUGCCAGUAAAUCUACCAAGAAAGAUGUGUCCGUGGGAGGCUGCAGUCUGAACAAACCACCUUUCCUAAUGUUACUUAAAGGCUCCACGAAGUUUAACAAGGCCAGAACUUUCAAUAUCAACAGCAUGCUGCAGGAUGCACCAAUGGCCUCCCCCAGGAGCAUGGGAGUGUGGCGAGAUUCAGAGCCUUGCUCACCCCCCGCUGGGGUCCAGACCAGUCACAGAGCCCUUCAGUUUGGGAACAAUCCCACCAGCCACUUGCUAUUCAAGCUUCCCCAGGAGCUGCUGAAACCCAGGUCAGAGUUUGCCGUGGACAUAAGAACAACCUCCUCUGAGGGGCUGGUGUUUUAUGCCGGGACCAAGAAAUCCUUUAUGGCUCUUUACCUGUUGAAAGGACACUUGGUGUUUGCUCUGGGGGAAGAAGGGAAAAAACUGAGGCUCAAAAGCAAGGAGACAUACAAUGACGGGAAGUGGCACACGGUGGUGUUUGGGCAAGAUGGCAGAAGGGGGCGCUUGCUCGUGGAUGGGCUGAGGGCCCAGGAGGGCAGUUUGCCUGGAAAUUCCACCAGCAGCCCCAGAGCACAAGUUUAUCUGGGAUGGUCUCCAUCAGGGAAGCCAAAGAAUCUCCCCCAAAACAGCUUUGUUGGGUGCCUGAAGAACUUUCAGUUGGGAUUAAAACCCUUGGAUUCCCCUUCUGCAAACUUUGGGGUGUCUCCUUGCUUGAAUGGCUCUUUGGAGGAAGGCAUUUAUUUCUCCCAAGGAGGAGGUCAUGUCAUCCUGGCUAACUCUGUGCCGUUGGAGCCGGGGUUCAAGCUGACAUUCAGUAUUCGCCCAAGGAGUCUCACUGGGCUCCUGAUCCACAUUGGAAGUCAACAAGGACAGCACUUAAGUGUUUACAUGGAGGCAGGAAAGGUCACGGCCUCUGUGGACAGCGGGACAGGCAGGAUGUCGACAUCAUUGACACCCAAGCAGUCUCUGUGUGAUGGGCAGUGGCACUCAGUGGCAGUCACCAUGAAACAACACAUCCUGCACCUGGAACUGGACAAGGACAGCAGCUACACAGCCGGGCAGCUCACCUUCCCACCCCACAGCGCCCAGGGGUCACUACAUGUUGGCGGUGUCCCAGCCAACUUGAAGACACUGAACCUUCCGGUGUGGAGGUCAUUUUGGGGCUGUCUAAAGAAUAUUCUAGUCAAUCACAACCCUGUCCCUAUCUCGAAAGCCUUGGAAGUCCAGGGCUCCGUCAGUCUGAGUGGCUGCCCUGGGCACUAACGCCAAGCUACCACACGGCAGGAAGUCACCUUUAGAAGCACAGAGGACCUGACACUCCUUCCUCUGCAACUCUAAGUCAUUUUUUUGUUUGUUUGUUUUUUUGGUCUUUUUCUUUUUUAUCGGAUUUUGGUCUUUUUCUUUUUUAUCGGAUCGAACUCACGACUGCCUGCUUGCAAGGCAGGAACUUAUGCCGCUGAGCUAAAUCCCCAGCCCCUCUAAGUCAUUUUUGGCUCAAGACACCAUCACGGCGAGUUUAUGGCAGAUCUAAUCCUGAAUUAUGACCAUUUUACCCAUCAUUUUGGUAUUCAUUGCUACAUAUUACCUCAUAUAAAAAUCUCAUCUUCUUGAAGAAGAUGAACAAAUUGUUACUCAAAUAUGCACACAAAGUCUUUGAUAAAUUUGUCACAAAAAUGUGCCUUUAAAAGAACUCAUCAAAAAAAUAAAUUUCCUUUAGAGCACUUUAA